AGGGAGCCAAGGGGGGGUCUGGCGGCCAGGCGCCCCCUCCUCCUCCUCCUCUUUCCCCCCCUCGAAGAACAGACCCCCCCUCGAGAAAAGGGGGGGCUGCCAGAAGAAGGAAGGAAGCCGGGGGCGCAGUUCACGGAUUCCGUGGCAGCGCAGGGGCCACGGCCGAACUUUCUCCAUGAGGAGGGGUAGAAGAUGCCGGCUUUGCCCGCGCUGCUGCUGCUGCUGAUUCUCGCCUUGGCCCACAAGAGCCUGGAGGUGCUCUCCUCCCUCCGCAUGGCUGCCAUCUUGGAUGACCAGACCGUCUGCGGCCGUGGGGAGCGCCUGGCCCUGGCCUUGGCCCGGGAGCACAUCAACAGCAUCAUCGAGGUGCCGGCCAAAGCGCGGGUGGAGGUCGAGAUCUUUGAGCUGCAGCAGGACAGCCAGUACGAGACCACCGACACCAUGUGCCAGAUCUUGCCCAAAGGCGUGGUCUCGGUCCUGGGUCCGGCCUCCAGCCCGGCCUCGGCCUCCAUCGUCAGCCACAUCUGCGGAGAGAAGGAGAUCCCGCACGUGAAGGUGGGCCCCGAGGAGACCCCCAAGCUGCAGUACCUGCGCUUCGCCUCGGUCAGCCUGUACCCCAGCAACGAGGACGUCAGCCUGGCCGUCUCCCGCAUCCUCAAGUCCUUCAACUACCCCUCCGCCAGCCUCAUCUGCGCCAAGGCCGAGUGCCUGCUGCGGCUGGAGGAGUUGGUGCGCCAGUUCCUGAUCUCCAAGGAGACGCUCUCCAUCCGGAUGCUGGACGACACCAACGACCCCACGCCGCUCCUGAAGGAGAUCCGGGACGACAAGGUCUCCACCAUCAUCGUGGACGCCAACGCCUCCGUCUCCUAUCUCAUCCUCAAGAAGGCCUCAGAGCUGGGCAUGACCUCCGCUUUCUACAAAUACAUCCUGACCACCAUGGACUUUCCCAUCCUGCACCUGGAGGGCAUCGUGGAUGACCACUCCAACGUCCUGGGCUUCUCCAUGUUCAACACCAGCCACCCCUUUUACAUGGAGUUUGUCCGCAGCCUCAACAUGUCCUGGAGGGAGAACUGCGAGCUCAGCCCUUACCCGGGACCGGCGCUGUCAGCCGCGCUGAUGUUUGACGCCGUCCACGUGGUGGUCAGUGCGGUGCGGGAGCUGAACCGGAGCCAGGAGAUCGGGGUCAAGCCCUUGGCCUGCACUUCUUCCAACAUCUGGCAGCACGGGACCAGCCUCAUGAACUACCUGCGCAUGGUAGAGUAUGACGGGCUGACCGGCCGCGUGGAGUUCAACAGCAAGGGCCAGAGGACCAACUACACCCUGCGGAUCUUGGAGAAAUCCCGGAACGGACACCGGGAGAUCGGGGUCUGGUACUCCAACCGGACCCUGGCCAUGAAUGCCACCACGCUGGACAUCAACGUCUCGGAGAGCCUGGUCAACAAGACCUUGGUGGUCACCACCAUCCUGGAGAACCCGUAUGUCAUGCGCCGCGCCAACUUCCAGGAGCUUCCGGGGCCGGAGCAGUACGAGGGCUUCUGCGUGGACAUGCUGCACGAACUGGCCGACAUCCUCAAGUUCCGCUUCCAGAUCAAGCUGGUGGAAGAUGGGCUCUACGGCGCCCCCGAGCCCAACGGCUCCUGGACCGGGAUGGUGGGGGAGCUCAUCAACCGGAAGGCCGAUCUGGCGGUGGCGGCCUUCACCAUCACGGCCGAGAGGGAGAAGGUCAUCGACUUCUCCAAGCCCUUCAUGACCCUGGGCAUCAGCAUCCUCUACCGCGUCCACAUGGGGCGCAAGCCGGGCUACUUCUCCUUCCUGGACCCCUUCUCUCCGGCCGUCUGGCUCUUCAUGCUCCUGGCCUACCUGGCGGUCAGCUGCGUCCUCUUCCUUGCCGCCCGGCUGAGCCCUUACGAGUGGUACAACCCGCACCCGUGCCUGCGGGAGAGGCACAACGUCCUGGAGAACCAGUAUACACUGGGAAACAGCCUAUGGUUCCCAGUGGGAGGCUUCAUGCAGCAGGGCUCCGAGAUCAUGCCCCGGGCCCUCUCCACGCGGUGCGUCAGCGGCGUCUGGUGGGCCUUCACGCUGAUCAUCAUCUCCUCCUACACGGCCAACCUGGCCGCCUUCCUGACCGUCCAGCGCAUGGAGGUCCCCAUCGAGUCGGCCGAUGACCUGGCCGACCAGACCAACAUCGAGUACGGCACCAUCCACGCCGGGUCCACCAUGACCUUCUUCCAGAACUCCCGGUACCAGACGUACCAGCGGAUGUGGAACUACAUGCACUCCAAGCAGCCGAGCGUCUUCGUCAAGAGCACCGAGGAGGGCAUCGCCCGGGUCCUCAACUCCAAGUACGCCUUCCUGCUGGAGAGCACCAUGAACGAGUACCACCGCCGCCUCAACUGCAACCUCACCCAGAUCGGGGGGCUGCUGGACACCAAGGGCUACGGCAUCGGCAUGCCCCUCGGCUCCCCGUUCCGCGACGAGAUCACGCUGGCCAUCCUCCAGCUGCAGGAGAACAACCGGCUGGAGAUCCUGAAGCGGAAGUGGUGGGAGGGCAGCAAGUGCCCCAAGGAGGAGGACCACCGAGCCAAAGGGCUGGGCAUGGAGAACAUCGGGGGCAUCUUCGUGGUGCUCAUCUGCGGCCUCAUCAUCGCCGUCUUCGUGGCUGUCAUGGAGUUUGUGUGGGCCACGCGGCGCUCGGCCGAGCACGAGGAGAUCUCCGUCUGCCAGGAGAUGCUCCGCGAGCUGCGCCACGCCGUCUCCUGCCGCAAGCCCUCCCGCGCCCGCCGCCGCCCGCGCCGCCACCACCACCACCACCACCACCACCUGGGCGCGGGGCCCGGCUCCCUGUCGUCGUCGUCCUCGCGGGGGGGGCCGCUGUCCCUGCGCGCGGUGCGGGAGAUGCGCCUCAGCAACGGGAAGCUCUACUCGGGGAGCCUGGCCUCGGACCCCGGACCCCAGCGCCUCCUCGAGGAGCCCCCGGCCCCCCCGACCGGGGGGAGGAGGGGGAGGGGGACCCCCCCCGGCCCUGCGCCCACGUGCGCAUCUGCCACGAGUGCCGGCGCAUCCAGACUCUGCGGGGAGGGGCGCCCCCGACCCCCCGGGGGACCCCCCUGCUGCCCCCCCCCUCCGCCCCCCCCACGAGCGCGAGGAGGGCUCCCCCCGGCCGGGCAGGAAGGGGGGAGGGGCCUCCGCGGGGGGAGGGGCCUCGGGGGGAGGAGGGGGAGGCCAGGCGGAGUGAGCCCCCCCAUGGCCCCCCCGUUGCCCCCCUCCCCCUGCCUUCGCUCUCUCCGGCGGAGGCCCUCGGUAGACAUGUACGCUGUGCGUAUGCCUUUGGGGGACCCCGAAAGACCCCCCAUAUGAAAAGCCCUGUCUACUUUUGGGGGGCAGCAAAGCCCCAACCCUCGACCCCAAAGGGAGGCCUGCUUUGGGAGAAGAGGAAUUCCGGGCGGACAUUGGCAGCCCCCCUCUCUCUCUCUCUCUCUUGAGUGGACACUGGGACCUCGGGUCACUUUUUUGGGUGGACGAUGGGACCUCACAGCCGUCUUUGCAGGCUCCGUCCGGCCCCACGAUGCAGCGAAAGCACGGCCGGAACAUCUUGGGGGGCCAUGGAAGACGGCCGAAGCCCCUCGACCCAAUUCCGUGGGGUGAAAAGAGACAGAAGGCCCCCUCGGCCCAACUUUGGGGGGUCGCGGGAGAUGGCGGAAGCCCCCAGCCCAGUCUUAUGGGGUCACGCAUUACGGCAGAAGCCCCUCGACCCAAUUUUGUGGGAUAUCGAUGCCCUCUUUGUGGGCGAAAGGAGUUGGCAGAAGCCCCCAACCCCACCCCACGGAGCAUUAUGGGACGGCAGGAGACCCCUUGACCCAACUUUAGGAUGGGGAAAACAGACGGAAGACCCUCUUAACCCAACUUUGUGGGUCAUGAGACACGGCAGAGCCCCCCAACCCGGUCUCAUGGGGUCGCACAUUAUGGCAGGAGCCCCCCACCCAAUGUUUUGGGGGCGGAAAGAGACGAAAGGGAAACAGGGAACCCCAUUGUUUGGAGUCAUAGGAAAUGAGGGGAACGCUAUUCUAUGGGGUGAGCCGACCCUUGCGGACCCCCCCUCUCUGCCUUGACCCCCACCUUUCUGCCGUCGGUGCCCAAAAACUAUUGGGUUUGAAGGGAUGCCCCGAAAAAGAUGCCGCUGUCCCAAUCUUGGGGGGACACUCUACCCGCUGGGGACACUCCACCCGCUUUGCCUUUCUAGUAAUAUAGGGGCCCCUUCCCCUUUGGGGGCGAAAGGUUGACGCUGGGGGGAAGAGGCCCAUCGAGGCCCCAAUAUAAGGGAUUGUGGGGUCCCACGGAAGGGGGUCGGGGCCCGGGAGCCCCCCUCCCUCAACAACAACAACAAUGUCUUGUCUGUCUUUUUUUUAAUUUCCGUUUUCUUUCAUUCCUUCUUUUUUGGGAGAAAUUUCUAUCUAGGAGCCAAAAAGAAAAAGAAACGGAGACUUUAGUGGCAAACACCCCCUGACUCCCCCCCCCCUCAAAUGACAAAAUAAACGUGAAAAUACUUGAUUCUUUUA